AUGUAUUUGGAGCGCGUAGAGGCCAUUGGAUUAUAUCCUGUCAGCACUAAGAUGCGACCCAGCCUGUAUUUAAGGCCAUCAUUAGGUGCCGAAGAAUUUUGUAUUGUGGAUGAGGUCCGUUAUGUGAGAAAGCCAUACCGACUGACUGUAGUACGAUUGUCACAGACAGACCGUGAUGGUCAGCGUACAGGCAUCUCUUGGAACGUGAAGUUCGCAGUAUAUACUCUUGUGAUUUUAUUUCAUGAUCUCGCCAAUGUACCAGAUUUCAUUAUCUUAAAACAACAUUACGACACCUCAGUUCAACAGAAUGUGCAAGAGGGGGAUCGGAUUGAAGCGAUUCUUGAUGGACAGUGGUGGACUGGAACAGUGAAUCGCAAAGAACCUAGUGCUGAGGACUUUCCGAGCUCUCUUUGGUUUUGUCUUCGUAUCAUAUGGGAUUCUGGUGAAGAGGACAUUAUGAGUCCAUGGGAUUGCCAACCAAGAUCUGGUUCGAGAAAGUCAGGUAUGACAAAUAUUGAUGGUAGACGGGCUUAUUACUUUAACAAGUAA